GGGGUAGAAAGGAAAAAUUGAUGGGAUUUGCCACAAAUGAUCCGGCCCCAGUGGACGAUCGGCGCUGUCGGUGGCAAAGAGGGGUCAGAUAAUUAUAACUACUUCCUUAUUAUUAUUAUACAAUAAUAAUAGGAAACGUGAAUUUGGAUUCUCAGUUCAGAAGAAUAAUCUAAACAGAAAAAAAAAUUGUUAGUUAUAUGCAUAGUCCUCUAUAUGAAACCAUCAAAAAGGUUUUCGGAAAUAUACUCCUACUUUGCGUCAAUAUAUAUAACUAUAUAUAUUGUGUGUAUCACCUCCGCCAGUCUUAUCUUCUUACUGGUCAUAAAAAAAAAAGAGAUAUGGCAGGUAGACUGACAGAAAGCUGGUCAUUAUUGUCACUAUCAGCUACAGAGCAAACAUUGAUCGUGCAAGAUAAAUACACAUACCAGGAGGAUCAACGCCGCGUAUCUAGUGGUCGAGUAGAUGAAUGUCUAGCUAGCAAGACGGAGUUGUGUGAGGGUCGAGUCGUCCAUAUCAGAACCUUGAUCAUUUUCGACGCGAUGAUGCUAUUGAUAAUGUGUUCACUUUAGAGCUCUCAUUCACUAGUACUUCCACGAUGCUGUGGAGACCUGAUUGCCAAAUGCCAA